CCUGGACUGUCUUCCGAGGGCGCGGUUGGGAAAAUGGACUUGCAGGCGGAACCCACCGAGCUCUGGGAACUGCCCACGGGUGUCCGGGAUGGGGGUGUGUGCAGAGGGGUCCGGCGGGUCCCGGGUGGAAAGCUGACAUUGACGAAAUGGCAGCUCUGGGGCCCGAGACCCCGGUGCGGCGGGCUCCGGGUCCGGCUGCCGAGCAGUUCGGGGCCUGAGGGCCACGCAGACACCCCGCCUGCAGGGGAAGCUCGGCCCUCCGGCCGCUGCACGCGCAGGACUGGCCGCUCGGGUCCCCGCGCGAAUGCCUCGAGCUCGGAGGAGCGAAGUCACCCCCGGCCUUCGGGGCGAGGAGCGCGCACCCCGCGGCUUCCUGGCAGAACAUCCCACAGACACGCGGCCCAGAUGCCCGCACCCCUUUCCCCGCGCUCACCACGGCCACAGGUACACGACCAGGAACAGCACCAGGUCCACCAGCACGAACAGCCAGAGGUCCAGCCAGUACGAGUGCCUGGGCAGCCGCUCCGCCGCCGCCGGGGGCCGCCCCUGGUGGUUCUGCUGCAGCGCCGCCGCGUCGCCCGGCCCUCGCCGCUCGCGGGGCCCGUUCCGGCCGCCUCCCGCCGCCGCGCGACCCUCCAUGGCACCUCCACCCGCAACCGGAACCCGCCUUCCGCGCUUCCGCUUUCCCAGGCCCGUCCAGGGACCCUGGCCGCCGCCUACGCAUGCGCGGCGCCCCGCCCCGGAAGUGGCCCUGCCCCCACGCUCAGGCCCCGCCCGCGGCCGGCUGCGUCUGUGACUGCCGGCAGGCAGCGCGCAGGGCGGGGUGGCCGCCGCCCACCAGCCGCACCUGCGGGCCCGCCCCGCCGCCUGUGGCCUCCAGGCUGGAAGCUGGCCAUUCCGGUUUCCCUGGAAGAAGUGCCUCGACCGGACCGGAAGUAGUUGUCACGGCCGGUUCCCAGCGGCGACGGUCCCACCGGCGUUCCCUUGGGAUCCUGGUGCAGCAGCGGAGGGCGCGUGCGCUCCGGGCCUCCCCGCGGGCCGCGCUGGCUUGUCGUGUGGUUUGCGAGCAGGGGAGCCCAGGUUGUAAUUUGGCUGGCAUCGAAGGCGGAGGGCCUGGUGACCGAGGGCGUCAGGAGUCCGAGUCCACAUCAUCCUAACCAUCUGGGCGGGAGCCUUCCUAUCCCUGGUCACCACAUGAGGUGAAAAGGCCAGUGUUGUUCAUGGCUGAGAUCGGACAGGAACGUGUGACCACUGGGGCGGGGUUGGGGCACCUUGUCACCUGUCCUGCCGGCGUCUGCACCUCUCCAUCCCUGUGUGUUCCUGUCAGUCUGGAGAAGCAGAGCAGGCUGUGGAAUAGUGGCACAGGAGGUAGGCCUUGGCAGCUACAAGGCUUGGAUUUGUUACCGGAUUGUUGGUCUACCCACAGAUAAUGUUUGGUCUUUGGCAGCUAAUCCGGGGAGCCACUGAGCUACCCAAGGUUGCACAAGCGAGCUGGUGAGCCACACGUAACAUCUGGCAAGUGUCCGUACCGUAAGAGCCCGCACCAAGACAGUUCGUGACCUUCGUGAGAGGCUUGAGGAUGCCGCCUGUGGAAUCACACCACAGGGAGGUUGCAAUGUUGCCUUGGUACACGACCCAGACAAGGCCUAGCACUGUGCCAGCUUUCACUGCAAAGGGGAAAUGCCCUUCUGAGUGUCUGCCUGAGCAGAGACAGUCCUUGAGCUUCUAAAGGGAUUUCUGCGUGUGUGUGCAUGUGUGUGUGUCCAGCUGACUCACCAAAAGGAGAAGAGUGACAUUGUUUUCUUGGUCAUGGAUGCCAUACAUUGUCAUUCAUCCAUUUUCUAGAGUUGGUUCUCCAGGUCCUCCCAUUGGCAGGAACACGAAUUAGUUUUUUUGCUCCUGCCAGUGGUCUAAAUGUCAACAUAGCCAGCUCUCGGGUUGAUUCGUUAAUGUGGCCAGGGUUUGGAAAGCUGGUACAGGGGGUGUCUGUGCUUGACCUGUUGAGAAACCAGUACGAGUUUAACUUCAUAAGAGUGAGACAUGGUUUGAGGAAGAGUCAUGUUGGAGAACCAGAUGGAAAAUAGGAUAGAUUGAGGCAAGCAAGCUCCU